AUGCCCACCAACUCCUCCGCCAAAAAGGCUCGUCCCAGCAAGGGCUUUCCUCUGACCAAUGAGGUCAUGUUGCUCUACACGAUGCUUGACCUCCAGGAGGACCUCAAGCAUGAUUGGGAUGAGAUUGCUGAGAAGCUCGGCAUCAAAGUUGGCGCUGCCCGUAAGCGCUGGGAGCGUACCAGGAAUUCCAUCAUAGAAAGAACCAAGAAGCCUGAGGCUCAGGCAUCUGAGCAGGCGCCCGCCGAGGAUGAAGAGUAA